AUGAUGAAACUCAUCUUCUGGAAGCGAAAAACUCCUGCAGAACUUCUGCGGCAAAACAAGAGGAUGCUUGACAGAUCUAUCAGAGAGAUAGAGAGAGAAAGGCAAAGCCUUCAAACACAAGAAAAGAUACUUAUUGCGCAGAUUAAAAAGAUCGCAAAACAGGGCAAGAUGGGAAUUGUGAAAGUGAUGGCAAAGGAUCUUAUAAGAAUGCGACACCAGAUGGAAAACUUUUACAAGCUUAAAUCCCAACUCCAAGGUGUGUCUCUAAGGAUCCAGACUUUCAAAUCAACACAAGCAAUGGGUGAGGCAAUGAAAAGUGUGACUAAAGCGAUGGGGCAAAUGACAAAGGAGAUGAACCUCCCAUCGCUGAAGAAAAUCAUGAAAGAAUUUCAGAAGCAAAACGAGAAAAUGGAGAUGGUCUCUGAUGUAAUGGGAGGUGCUAUUGAUGAUGCUUUGGAAGGAGACGGGGAAGAGCAAGAGACAGAUGAUCUUGUUAGCCAAGUCCUUGACGAAAUCGGAAUCCACAUCAAUCAAGAGCUGGUGAAUGCUCCAUUUGGCGCGGUUGGAGUAGCAGCAGCAAAGAACAAGGUGGUGCAAGAUGAAGCGGCAGGAGCUGAGGACGGUGGGGAAAUAGAUAGUAACCUUCAGGGAAGGUUGAACGACCUUCGAAAAAAGUGA